UAUAUAGCCAGCGCGCGCCGGCACUCGGCAGUGCCCGCUCAACGCCACAGCUACCAUGUCAUCAACCAAGAUGUUUCUGUGCGACGCCUGCCUUAUUUUAUUACUCGGGAUAGUAUUCGCAUUUCCUGAAGACAAAGCUGUGGGAAGUUCAACGGGUUCACCAGAGUCGUUGAAAGGCAACUGCACGUGCGGCGGGUUCGACUCGCGAGGCGGGUCCGCGCCGCUGCUGUCGCACGCGCCCGGGCUGUCGGUGGAGUGCGGCGCCGCGGGCAACGCCACCUGCGGCAACCUGUGCGUGGCGCUCGCCACCGCCACCCGCGCCAAGGGGCCCGAGGUGCUGUGCAAUCGGAUCAAGGACUGCAACGAACUCUUGCUCUCCGUAUUCUACAAGAUCUGCGAUGGGCCGUGGGUGUCGGCGAACAUGACGGCCGAGGAGCCGCUGUGCUGCGAGAACUCCAAGUCGAAAACGUGCGCCUCUGCCGCGACGACCACCAUGCGCGCUGCCUCCACCCCCGUCACCGGUGCCCCCGUGUGAACACUGCUCCUGCCGCGUCUUUCCCGUUUCCGAAAGUUAACCACACGGGAGAAUUGUUUCCGGAACGAUCCAACUUACGAUAUAUAUUAUACAACCACCAAUAAAAGGCUCCCGUGCACUUAUCUUUCGAAUACUCAAGUCUGUACGACAUAAGAUUGUCUACUCGCUAUUUAAAUAUACAUUCAUUUGGAGUAUAAGGUUAAAUAAAUAAACAUUUUUAAAAGACCAUU